UAUUGAAAAGAAGAGAAUAAUUUUUAUUUUCAAAAUUGAAAACAACAUACAUUCCAUAUAUUUUUCUAUUUCUGCUAAUUUUUUUGUUUAUUUGAUUACGUGUGGUGCUACAAUUAUCGUUUGAAUUUGUGCACAACUUGGGGUUUUGCGACAAAUACCACCAAACAGUGACAAAACAUAAACAUUGAUAUUUAUUAGGUGCAUUCAGCCUUCUGAACAAAAAAUUCAAUGAAAUAUUUUGAAUAAAAAAUAAAUUAAACUUGAGCGAGUUGAAGUGAAUUGCUUUUGAUUUUGUGUGCUGAUCAAUUUAUUCAAAAAUCAAUCACAAUGCAGACCAAUUUGGAUAUUUCGAAAGCAUUGCAACAAAUUGAGGCCAUCAAAAAAGCUGUCGAUGAUUCGGACAUUCCGAAAUUGCAAGCAAGCACGGCCGAUAGCCUUAAAACCAUUCUCCAUAUAUUACAAGAUCCGAUAUUCCGCAGCAUUAUCCAAAUCGAAGAUUCAGCCACUGAAUUAAAUUCGCAAAUACUACAACAUCCAUCUAUGUUGCCCGAUGAUUUUGAUAUCAGUUUAUCAGGUGAUUUAAUAAUAAAUGUUCCACCGGCCAUGGAUAUGUAUGGCGGUGAUUAUGUUGACGAGCAACGUGUACCAUCUGCACAAUUAUCGCCACGAAGUCCAAACAGCCCAAGCAUUUCAAGUAAAUUAGAUUACAAUCAACAUUCGGAUGUCAGUCGUUUGGACGAUGAACGUCCACAAUCGGCAGCAACCAAUGACACAGCAAACUAUUCAACCGAUAUUAUGGCAUCAGAGUGUGUACAAAUUCAAUCAAUUGAAUUGGUAAAUGAUGGAACUGGUUUGGGUUUUGGAAUAAUUGGUGCACGAACAUCGGGCACAAUAGUUAAAACAAUUAAACCGGGCGGUGUUGCUGAUCGUGACAGUCGUCUUAUUAGCGGUGAUCAUAUUUUACAAAUUGGUGAUGUAAAUUUACAAGGAAUGAAUUCAGAAGAAGUGGCCAACGUACUACGACGAUCUGGUACGCAUGUUCGGCUCGUCGUUGCCCGGCCAAUUGAUCCAGUCAAAAGCAGUAGCCAAGAGGCUGAAUCAUCAGCCAUUGUUCCAGCAAGGCUUCUUUCGGACCGAAGUAAAUUGGAACGUUACUUAAUGGAUGCGGGCUAUGCUGAUAUACUUGGAUAUUCAUCACCACAAUCAACACCAACACCCACCGCAAAUGAUAAAUUUAUAUUCAGUGAGAGUGUCGACGAUGCGAUUGUGAAUCGUUCAAAAAUGUCAUUGCCAAUAAUGGACGAAUUAGAUAUGCCGGAAACGGAACGUUUUGUUGUCGAAUUGAAAAAAGAUGCAAACGGUUUGGGCAUCACAAUAGCCGGAUACGUUUGUGAAAAAGAAGAACUAUCGGGCAUAUUUGUGAAAAGCGUUUCGGCAGGCAGUGCGGCCGAUUUGAGUGGAAAAAUUCAGGUAAAUGAUCGUAUUAUCGAAGUUGAUAAUCAAUCAUUGCAAGGAUUUACAAACCACGAAGCUGUUGAAGUACUUAAAAAAAGUGGAACAGUCGUAUCAUUACGAUUGGAGAGAUAUUUGCGUGGACCAAAAUAUGAACAAUUACAACAAGCAAUAGCGGCAAACGAAUUAAAACCACAAACACCAAGUGGAAGUGGAACAAUAUUUCCACCACCAGCUGGACGUUCGCAGACAUCAUCAACACAAAGCAUUGGAACAACUGAGCUUACCAGACGACCAUCGUUAACAUCGACAUCAUCACAUUCUAAACAAAAUGGCAGCUAUACAUCGGCAUCGACCAUUAAAUUGACCGACACACCAUCAAAAGAAUUAAUUGAUCCAUUGGCAAAUUUAAGUACACGUAAAUUAGCAACAACUCGUGAUUCCAUUGAAACGACCAAAAUUGGCAUCGAAAAUAUUGACAUUGAAACACAUGGUGUGAGUGAAAAAACACCAACCGACACGGAUUCACAAAACUUAGAUGCUGCUGGUUCAGUGACGUCAGAUAAACCAAAGUACUGGGUUGAAUCGGUAUUGGCAAAAGAUGUAGAAAAUACUAUCAUGAACAAAUGGCAAUCAGUAUUAGGUGAAUCGACAAACAUUAUUGUGGCGCAAAUUCGAAAAUUUACCGCAUCAAGUGGAUUAGGCAUUUCAUUGGAGGGAACCGUUGACGUUGAAGGUGGACGUGAAGUUAGACCACAUCACUAUAUUCGAUCUAUAUUACCGGAAGGACCAGUUGGGCAAAACGGAUUACUUCGUUCAGGCGACGAACUUCUUGAGGUGAACGGGCAGCGUUUGCUUGGUAUGAAUCAUCUUGAGGUGGUUGCAAUACUCAAAGAAUUGCCGCAAGAUGUACGCAUGGUGUGUGCUCGUAUUGAUGAAGAAGAAGAACCGCUAACCGAAGAAAACAUUCGAAAGAAGUUGGAUUUCGAAUUGAGUGGAACACCAACUAUUGGAGAGGUGAUGCCAUCAUCUGAUCGUCUUGUAAAAGCAAAAUCCGAUGGCAGUUUGGCAACAAGUGGUGGCGGAACGGAUGAUUCAUUCUCCAAAUUGAAAUCAAGAUCGCUUGAGCCUCUGACUGGAUUGGCAAUGUGGAGUUCUGAUCCACAAAUUAUUGAACUAAUUAAAGGCGAGCGUGGUCUUGGUUUCUCUAUUUUGGACUAUCAGGAUCCAUUGGAUGCGAAUGAUACAUUAAUAGUGAUUCGAUCACUUGUGCCCGGUGGUGUUGCACAGUUGGAUGGCCGACUAAUACCUGGCGAUCGUUUACUCUUUGUAAACGAUAUGAAUUUAGAAAAUUCAUCAUUGGAUCAAGCCGUACAAGCAUUGAAAGGUGCACCAAAAGGUGUUGUUCGUAUCGGUGUUGCAAAACCAUUGCCAAUGGCCGAUACAUCAAUGCUAUCAAAUCAAACAGCCGAAAAUAUCAGUUCGGCAGAUAUGAAGGUCGCUUCGGCAGGACGAUUGAAAUAAUAUUUAGUUAUACCUAAGACUGAUUUUGAGGCAUUCAUUGAACUAUACAAGAAUCUAGAGCGUAUUCUACGUUUCAUCGAAAUUGUUUCGUCAAAAUAAGAUCAUUUUCUUCUCAAUGGUUCGAUAUUUAUUCAAAAAAAAUCCUUCUACUCCUUCAAAGUGCUUACUUGCAAUGGAUCCAUAUUAUUGAUAUCGUUGAACAUUUUUCCGAAUGUUACAGACACACACACAUUUAUUCGCUUAUUUGUGAAAAUUUGAGUGCUUUGGUUUUUUUUGUAUAUGAAUUCUGUACUAAUCUUGAGCCUCAAAAUCAAGUUAAAAGGUUAAAAAAAACACAGUAUCGAUCGAUAACGGUUUUGGAUUUGACACAUAUGGUGAAUUAAGGUCAUAUUUCCUUUACAUUUCAUUUUUUUAAAAUAUGAUAUCGGGGAUUAUUAUAUCAGAGAUACGAGCAAACUUAUUGAAAAUCGACCAAAUUCACAGUUUGAAAUAUAUCGGUUGUCGAAUGGGAUUCUCAUUUUACGAUAUUAGAAAGUAAAUUUUUUUAAAGCACGUUACAUUUAUUAGAUUAUGUAUUCAAUCUUGUUUUUUGUCAGUUUGUUAUUUCGCUGGAAAUUAGGUUGAAAAAAGCAAAGCGAAAAAAAGAGAAAACAAAACAACAUUUAUUAUAUUCCCAUGCAAAAUGUUCAUUUCUGAUAAAUUAACGAUAAAUUGCGAUUUCUGAAAGAAAAAAAUUAUAAAAAAUGAAACACAAAACGUAAACCUCGUAUUACGCAUUCCCGCGAUAAAUUGUUAAAUAUGUAGCUUUAAAUUUAUUUGAAAGUUUCUGUUUCCGUCCCACGCACGACAGUGGUUUUAUGACAUUUUUUAAAGAUCAAACCGUUCAAUAUGCGUUUAAAUUUCGUUUAAACAAACCCCAUAAUUUUUACUUUUUUUGCGUCCAGCAUAAAUUGUUUUUUCCCUGGGUUAUAUAAAGUAUUAUUCUUUUUUAAAUCAAAAUGCACAAUUUCAAAGUCGGUGUAUGCAAUAUAUAGCAUGAAUUUAAAUAGAAAAUUUUUAUAUUGAAAAUUGAUGUAUUAUUUUUCAUAUAUUUUUUGUGUUUUUUGCGAACCCAAUCUCAUUUUAUUUUUACACAUAAUGAACAAAAUUCGAUAAUAAUUCGUUAAACAUAGUAUCACUAUUUUGUUAACGCUGGAAAUAGCUUUUGGAUACUUAAUUAGUAUUAUACGAGUAGUUAAUUUUAACGAUAGAAAAAAAUCACUCACUCCAUUGACUAAACAUUCACAAAUGGAUACAAAUGGGCUACAUACGGCCAUUUAAAUAGCGCUAUACGACUAUUAAAGAUAAAUACUGAAUAAUAUUCUUCAUUUUUCUCGAUUUCGGAAAAAGAUUUUUGUUUCGCUCCGGAUCGGACAAGCACGGAAACUACUCGAUGUUUUGGCCCAUAUGCGACCGCUGCUUAUAUAUUCAGAGGCUGAAAUAUGUCUCUAGCUUCCGUAAAUAUUUAGCGCUAUUCGGGUAACGCGUGGAAUUUCUUGUGGAAUUCUUACGCUCGUAAAAUGCAUCCAUUUAUGAAUGAUUGGCAAUGCACCUUCCUAUGUUUUUUUUAUUUGGAAGUAUUUCUGACAUACAUAUAUAUAUAUAAAAUACAUUCCCAAUUCUAGCUAUGAAAAUUAAACUCUGAUUUUUUUUGCCAAUAUACAUAUAUCGGUUUGCAUGUAUAUAUUUAUGUAUAUGUAUCAAGAUAUGUAUUUAUGCAUUAAAUUCAAUGUGUCAUUAACAAUAAGAAUAAAAAUUUAUGUCAUCAGAGCUGCAAUAAUGAUGAUUCAAAACACA